CUGGCUACUAUGCUGGACACAGGACUGCUCCUGGUGGUCAUACUGGCCUCCCUAAGUGUCAUGUUCUUGGUGUCCCUCUGGCAGCAGAAAAUCAGGGAGAGAUUGCCUCCAGGACCCACUCCUUUGCCUUUCAUUGGAAAUUAUCUGCAGCUGAAUAUGAAAGACGUAUACAGUUCCAUCACACAGCUCAGUGAGCGCUAUGGUCCUGUGUUCACCAUUCACCUUGGGCCUCGACGGAUUGUUGUGCUUUAUGGAUACGAUGCAGUCAAAGAGGCUUUGGUGGACCAAGCUGAGGAGUUCAGUGGACGUGGCGAACUGCCUACCUUUAAUAUACUCUUCAAAGGCUAUGGUUUUUCAUUGAGCAAUGUGGAACAGGCCAAGCGUAUCAGGCGCUUCACCAUAGCCACAUUGAGAGAUUUUGGUGUGGGCAAGCGUGAUGUACAGGAGUGUAUCCUGGAGGAGGCAGGCUAUUUGAUCAAGACGUUGCAGGGCACUUGUGGAGCCCCCAUUGACCCUUCCAUCUACCUGAGCAAAACAGUCUCCAAUGUCAUUAACUCCAUUGUCUUCGGGAACCGCUUCGACUAUGAGGACAAAGAGUUCUUGUCACUGUUGGAGAUGAUCGAUGAAAUGAAUAUAUUUGCAGCCUCAGCCACAGGGCAGCUCUAUGACAUGUUCCAUUCAGUGAUGAAGUACCUGCCUGGACCACAGCAACAGAUCAUCAAGGUUACUCAGAAACUGGAAGACUUCAUGAUAGAGAAAGUGAGGCAGAACCAUAGUACCCUGGACCCCAAUUCCCCAAGGAACUUCAUUGACUCCUUUCUCAUCCGCAUGCAAGAGGAGAAAUAUGUUAAUUCAGAAUUCCACAUGAACAACCUAGUGAUGUCAUCAUUAGGCCUCCUCUUUGCUGGGACUGGGUCAGUCAGCUCCACGCUAUACCAUGGUUUCCUGCUACUCAUGAAGCAUCCAGAUGUGGAAGCCAAGGUCCAUGAGGAAAUUGAGCGAGUGAUCGGCAGGAACCGACAGCCUCAGUAUGAGGACCACAUGAAGAUGCCCUACACCCAGGCUGUGAUCAAUGAGAUCCAAAGAUUUUCUAACUUGGCUCCCUUGGGCAUUCCUCGAAGGAUUAUCAAGAACACAACCUUCCGUGGCUUCUUCCUCCCCAAGGGCACCGAUGUAUUCCCUAUAAUAGGUUCUCUGAUGACAGAACCAAAGUUCUUCCCUAACCACAAAGACUUCAACCCCCAGCACUUCCUGGAUGACAAGGGACAGUUGAAGAAGAAUGCUGCAUUUCUCCCUUUUUCCAUUGGAAAGCGAUUCUGCUUGGGAGAUAGCCUGGCUAAAAUGGAGCUCUUCCUGCUGCUCACCACCAUCUUGCAGAACUUCCGUUUUAAGUUCCCAAUGAAUCUAGAAGACAUCAACGAGUACCCCAGUCCCAUAGGGUUUACCAGGAUCAUACCAAAUUACACCAUGAGCUUCAUGCCCAUCUGAUUCUGAGUUGAAUCAAGGUGGGGCAAGAGGGAGGGAGAGCCUGAAGUGGGGCCAGGGUGCAGGUGGAGAGAACAGAGAAGAUGAAGAUGAGGGUUAAGAAGGGACCACACCCAUGGAAGAAACACAAAAGACUUCUCAGUUUGGUAAAAUUGUAACAGUCCUAAUAAAAAGAAAGAAACACCCAGUAGGCAGCAGUAACAACAACUGAGACUCAUGGGGCAAAGGUGGCUCACCUCUGCAGAAGCUGUCCUGCCCUUCUCUCACUCAGUCCUCUACACAAGAGCAGCAUGUCCCCAAGCCCAACGUACAGGUUCAAAAGAUAGAACUUAAAAAAUUUGAACCUAAACUGAGGUGGAAAAGACACAGUUAGCUAGGAUUGACACAUUGGACUCUAUCACCAGCAUUCAGGAGGGAGGGAACAUGGCUCCCUAGGAGGCCUGCCAGAAUUACAAAGUGAAACUCAUCUCAAAAAAGGAACAACAGAAAAUAAAAUUUCAAAUUGAUUUCUCUUAGACCAUAAGAGUCCAGAUCUGUAUCCAAAGCUAUUUGGUUAUAUUUUUUGUUAUUGUUGUUUUGUUUACACAUUGUGUUUUUCUUUCGGUUUGUAAGUCUGUUUGGGAUAUUUAAUUUACAUUUACUGAUUAGUGUGGGUGGUAGGGCAUACCAUGGCUCAAAUGUGGAAACCAAAGAAAAGCUUUUGGAAGUGUCAUCUCCCUUACAAUACGUGUGUCCAAGAACUCAAAUUCAGACAAUAAAGCUUGAUAGCAAGCA